AUGCUUCCAGUCAUCAGCUUCGACGAAAUUGCUUAUGAGACGGCGCAUUACCAUGAGAGUCGCCAGGUCUCCAUAGUCGCAGGCAUCUCGAUCCUCUAUGGAGUCACAGUGAUUGUUGUACUUCUUCGUAUGAUUUCGAGAAGAAUACAAGGGCUCAAGCUCGGAUGGGAUGACUAUACCAUUGCACUCGGCACGAUCAUCACUGGGUCGAUGUGUGGAAUAAUACUCCAAGCUGUCCGUCUUGGGCUAGGGAAGCACAUCUUAGCUGCUGGCAAAACCAAGGCCAUCAAGGUCGCGAGGCUGCUCUAUGUCUUCGAGGUCGUGUACCCCGUUAUUCUAAAUGUUGCAACGCUUGCGCUACCACUACCGCUAGUGUGGAAAUUGAAGCUCUCGCCAAAGAAAAAGCUCGGUGUAGCGCUUCUUGUCCGGCUAAAUCUUUUCACUAGUGACGUAGCUAUCUGCAUCGUACGGACUGUUGUGACACGCAAUAUCACUACUUCGAAAGUGGACUUCACUUGGUUUCAGGUAGAAAACACAGUACUAGCAGUUACGGAGGUCAUGAUUGGAAUCGUUUGCGCUUGUAUACCAACGCUUCGUCCGGUCAUCUUGCGAGUCCGGAGCUCAUUCAGUCGCCCAAGCAAGCCUUCAGAGCCAGGCGAGAGCGAGUGGACAGUCCCGUUUGUAAUGCUAUUCUCGAAGAAGAGUCGACCCACAAGCAGUUCGGGACAGACUGCCCUCUUGGGUUCAGGUUGGUACGGUGAUGAGAAACCAGAGAAGAAUCCGUCACUACCGAAAGAUGCUAAAGAGAACAUUGAAAAGCAUCGUGGUCAUGCUGAGGGGGAGCAGGCAAUCACCACGCAAAGUCCGACAUUAAACUUAAGCGGCAAUUGGAAAGGUUCACACAGCGUAUCGCCAGUGGUACCCUCAGCUUGCCCCUCUCCACUCAUAAUACAAAGGAGCCAUAAGAGCGUACGAUCUUCAAUCAAGUCGAUGAUUGGACGAAAUCUAGUCCAUUCUGGCUAUCCUGACGAUGCAUACUGCCGGCUCAUGGAGCCUCGAUCUCGACCUUGCCCUCAAGAGCCACUACCAUCAUUGCCACCACUGGUGUCACCCGUAGCCACAGACAGAAACAUGGCCUUCAUGACCCGCAUGUCCGGCCUAAGUCUCGACACCAGCCCUGCAAUGCUCCAACAAGCCGUCUACGGCGCCUCUCAUCCCCCAAGCCCCCGAAGUAAGCAAACAAGCCCCACUCUAAUCGGCAACCCCACCUCUGCAGAAACGACAAAAUACAAGAACAGCACAAUACGAACGCCAACCACGAGCCUCGACACUGCAGUAGAGCGGAGUCCCGAUAUCCCCUGCGGCCUGCGGCGACCAGGGCAGACACUCCCAACAAUACCGAGCUCUGACAAUCUGCCACGGAGUAGCCAAUUGACCACUUCGCCGACGUCAAGACAGGGCUCGAAAGGGAGGAAAGCCCCCAGAUAUGUGAGGAGCCCGCUUAUGGAUCCGGAGAAUAAAAUUAGGCAGGGGAGUCCGAGGAUGGUGGCUAUCAAGACGCCUACGAGAGGUCAGAGUCUGAAAUCGAGUGCGUCGCUCAGGAAUGCAGGGUGGGAAGGUGCGAAGCCGCCGAUGCCUGGCGGAGGGGUGGCUGAGAAGCAGGUCAGGUAUCACGACGAUGUCAAGCGGCCUGUGAGAGCGAUGACGAAAAUGGUGAAUGAUAAGCCCCUGCCUGAACCACCACCGUGGUGGGAGGAGGGAUAG